AUGGACAUGGAGGCAAAGAACAAGUGUGUGAUCAGUGAAGAGAAUACAGUUGAUUGGAGAAGCAGGCCCUCCAAUCCCAACAAGCAUGGUAGCAUGAGAGCUGCAGCAUUUGUUCUUGGACUUCAAGCGUUUGAGAUAAUGGCAAUAGCUGCUGUAGGGAACAACCUCAUAACAUAUGUGAUAAAUGAGAUGCACUUCUCUUUGUCAAGGUCUGCAAACAUUGUGACAAACUUUGUUGGAACUAUCUUUCUCCUGGCCCUCCUUGGUGGCUACCUCUCAGACUCUUAUCUUGGAUGUUUCUGGACCAUGCUCAUCUUUGGUUUUGUGGAACUUUCUGGAUUCAUAUUACUAUCAGUUCAAGCUCAUCUUCCCCAACUAAAGCCACCCCAGUGUAACAUGUUAACCGAUGGAGAAAACUGUGUAGAAGCUAAAGGGUUCAAGGCCUUGAUCUUUUUUGUAGCCCUGUACUUGGUGGCAUUAGGGAGUGGAUGUGUUAAACCCAACAUGAUUGCUCACGGGGGUGACCAGUUCAAUCAAAGUAAUCCAAAACAGUCCAAGAAGCUCUCUACCUACUUCAAUGCUGCCUAUUUUGCUUUCUCCAUGGGUGAACUUUUUGCUCUAACACUUCUUGUAUGGGUUCAAACGCAUUCUGGCAUGGAUGUUGGUUUUGGAGUCUCUGCAGCUGUCAUGGCAAUGGGAUUGAUCAGCUUAGUUUCUGGUACUCUAUAUUACAGGAACAAACCCCCUCAAGGAAGCAUUUUGACCCCCAUAGCUCAAGUUUUUGUGGCUGCCAUAUUAAAGAGAAAGCAAAUUUGUCCAUCAAAUCCACAGAUGCUUCAUGGAGGCCAAAACAGUGCGCUAAAUAAUGCCAUAGUUGCUCCAUCUUCUAACUCUGACGGCCUAGCUCAUACACACAGGUUCAGGUUCUUGGACAAGGCCUCCAUCAAAAUUCAAGAUGGGGCCAAUACAAAGGAGAGUCCAUGGAGAUUCUGCAGUGUCACUCAAGUGGAGCAGGUGAAGAUACUGAUUUCGGCUCUUCCCAUUUUUGCUUGCACCAUAGUUUUCAACACCAUCUUAGCUCAACUCCAGACAUUCUCAGUCCAACAAGGGAGUGCCAUGGACACCCAACUCACCAAAUCCUUCCAUAUCCCUCCUGCUUCGCUUCAAGCCAUCCCUUACAUCAUACUCAUCAUCGCAGUUCCUCUAUAUGGCACUUUCUUUGUACCCUUCGCAAGAAAAAUCACUGGUCAUGAAUCAGGAAUAUCUCCUUUGCAAAGGAUAGGAGCCGGCCUCUUUCUCGUUACCUUUUCCAUGGUUUCUGCUGCCAUUAUGGAGAAGAAGAGGAGGGAUGCAGCUGUAGAUUCCAACAAAGUACUGUCCAUAUUUUGGAUCACCCCGCAGUUUCUAAUAUUUGGAUUGUCAGAAAUGCUCACUGCUGUUGGUCUCAUAGAGUUCUUUUACAAACAGUCCUUAAAAGGGAUGCAGGCUUUCUUAACAGCUAUCACCUACUGCUCCUAUUCAUUUGGAUUCUUCUUGAGCUCCUUGCUAGUUUCUUUGGUGAAUAAGAUCACCUCAUCGGGUUCUGAAAAUAAAGGUUGGCUUAGUGACAAUGAUCUCAACAAAGACAAGCUGGAUCUUUUCUACUGGAUGCUAGCAGUUCUUAGCUUCCUCAACUUCCUAAACUAUCUAUUUUGGGCUAGAUGGUAUUCUUACAGUCCAGUAUCUAUAUCUCUAUCCACCACAGCACAACAAGAGACAUUUGGUGACAACCAUGGCUUCAUCAACUCUUCAAAACAUGUUGGGGAUAUUGAAAUCAUACCUUAA